CGUCCCUAGCAACGGGAGAGGCAGCGGCGUCGAGUGGGCAGAGCAGGCCGGCCGGACUUGGCCUGGCCGGGGAGGAAGCGACGCGAUGGGUCAGGAUUACUACGCCGUCCUGGAUCUCACCCGCAGCGCCAAGGAUGCGGACAUCAAGAAGGCCUAUCGGAAGCUGGCUUUGAAGUACCACCCCUAUAAGAACAAGGAGCCGUGGGCCAGAGAAAAGUUCAAGCAGCUUGCAGAAGCCUACGAUGUCCUGAGCGAUCCACUGAAGAAGGGCAUUUACGACAAAUUUGCCGAGGAAGGCCUCAAAGGAGGGAUCCCCCUGGAGUUUACGGUGGACACCCCCUGGACAGAAGGCUAUGUUUUCCACGGAAACCCCGAGAAGGUCUUCCGGGACUUCUUUGGAGGAGACAACCCCUUUGCUGAGUUCUACACAGCCGAAGGGGCUGAAGUCAACAUGGCGUUUGGGGGGCUACGAGGGAGGGGAGUGAAAAAGAAGGACCCUCCGAUCGAGAGAGACCUCUACCUUUCGCUGGAGGACUUGUUCUACGGAUGCACCAAAAAAAUCAAGAUUUCACGCAGGGUCAUGAAUGAUGACGGCCACGCUUCCACCAUCAAAGACAAGAUCUUGACCAUCGAUGUACGCUCAGGGUGGAAACAAGGAACUAGGAUCACCUUUCAGGAGGAGGGAGACCAGGGCCCAAACAUCAUCCCGGCAGACAUCAUCUUCAUCGUCAAGGAGAAGAUCCACCCCAGGUUUAAGAGAGAAGAUGAUAACCUGAUCUAUGUGGCCCCACUCCCUUUGGGGAAGGCCCUGACUGGGUGCACCGUGGAUGUGAGGACUCUCGACGAGAGGCUGCUCAACAUCCCUCUGAAUGACAUCGUACACCCCAAGUACUUCAAGGUGGUGCCGGGAGAGGGAAUGCCCCUGUCCAGCGACCCCACCUGCAAGGGGGACCUCAUCAUGUACUUCGACAUCCUCUUUCCCCAACGGCUCACCCCGGCCAAGAAGGAUAUGCUGAGGCAAGCCCUCCUGACCUGAGCAACGCCACCCCACCAUCCGAAAUCCUAUCCCUUUGCUCCUUUCCUUGACCCCCUUUUCUUCAAAGAAAUAAAAGCUUACUAUUUUUUGCCA